AUGCGCUUCACCACCACCACCGCCGCCGCCGCCGUCGUGCUCCUCGCCGCCGCGCCGCUGGCCUCGGCGCUCCCGGGCCCGAAACAUAACAACACUCAAUCCAUCAUCAACGCGCUCGCGGGCACUUACACCCUCGUCAACACCAGCAGCACCCUAAACAACGUCCCCGUCCCCGACGCAGCCUACGGCACCGCCCCCGUCGGGCUCCUGACCUACUCGCGCUCCGGCUACAUGUCCGCGACCAUCACCGCAACCGAGCCCGCCUUCCGUCCCAACCUGACCUUCCCGUUCCAAGACUCGGACUCGGACGCCGACUGGGCCCUCGUCGGCAAGCACAGCCUCGGCUACGCGGGGCCGUUCAGCGUCAACGCCGAUUUACCCGCGAGCAAGGUGCAGGGCCAGCUUUUUCAUGGACCGCUGCUUGUGGCUAAUGUGCCGACUUGGGUUGGUACGCGGCAGAAGAGGAAUUACACCGUUGUUAGCGAGGGGGGCGAGACGUGGUUGAGGAUCGGGAGUGAGCGCGGCGGAGGGUAUAGGGGUGUGCUCUGGUGGCGCAGGCUGGAUUGA